CAUUAGCGCAGAGAUCGGUGGUUGAAUUACAUCACAGCCAUGCACACACUGACAGCAAGACCCCUGGUGCGGAUGUGGAUGCUGUUUCUGUGGUGUGCAUCAUGUAACUGUGGACCAGAUCCCAGGAAGCGGGAGGCUCUGAUAAGACUGGAGGCAUCUAGACGGACAGGAGGCAACAUAACACUGAACGAGAGAGAGAAACUGCUUGACUCGAAGCUUCAGAAACUGAAGCAGCAUGAUUUAGAAGCAGGACCUUUCCCACCGUCUAUGCAUUUCUUCAAGGCGAAGCGCUUCAUCGAUCAAAGCCCUGUUUUUAGUUUGAUUCAAAAGAUGCCUAAAGGUGCGGCCCUGCAUGUUCAUGACUUUGCUAUGGUAGAUGUGGAUUGGCUAGUGAAGAACGUGACCUACAGGGAGAACUGCUACGUGUGCUUCACAGAUGAGCAGACCGUGCAGUUUAUCUUCUCUUCCGGACAGCCUGCAUCUCGUCCACGCUGCUCCUCAUGGACCCUGCUCAGAUCCCUCAGGGAGAAGAUUAAAAACAGCACCGAGUUGGACAACAGUUUCAUUCGAAAUCUCACACUUUUCACUGAGGACCCAGACAGAGACUAUCCUAGCCAAGACAGUGUGUGGAAGAGAUUUGAACAGGCGUUCUUGGUGGCCUACGGUCUGGUCACCUAUGCACCCGUUUUUAAAGACUACCUUUAUGAAGGUCUCAGACAGUUUUAUGAGGACAACAUCAUGUUUGUGGAAAUCAGGGCGCUGCUGCCAGCGACAUAUGAACUUGAUGGCAGACUGCAUGAUAAGGACUGGAGUAUGCGGGCCUGCCAGGAAGUUGUGAGCAGAUUUACGGCACACUACCCAGACUUCUUAGGGGCUCGGGUUAUUUUUACCGUCCACAGGGGAAUAAAUGCAACAGAGGCAGUGAAGGCAGUGGAGGAAGCAAUGGCACUACAAAGGAACUUUCCAAACAUCAUGGCAGGCUUUGACUUUGUAGGACAAGAAGACCUUGGAAGACCUCUGUGGUACUUCAAGGACGCUUUGAGUCUACCUGAAGACAGGGGUGUUAAUCUGCCCUACUUUUUCCACGCAGGAGAGACAGAUUCACAGGGAACAGAUGUCGAUCAGAACCUCAUGGAUGCUCUUCUAUUCAACACCACACGUAUAGGUCAUGGCUUUGCCUUGGCACGUCACCCUGUAGUUAAAGAGAUGUCUAGAAAGAUGGGCGUACCAAUUGAAAUCUGCCCCAUCUCAAAUCAGGUGUUGAAACUGGUCUCAGACUUGCGGGACCACCCGGCGACAGUGCUGAUGGCUGAGGGUCAUCCUCUGGUGAUCAGCUCGGAUGAUCCAGCUCUCUUUCGGGCCACCGGCCUUUCACACGAUUUCUAUGAAGCCUUCAUGGGCUUUGGAGGAAUGAGCUUUAAUUUAGGCACAUUGAAAGAGCUGGUCAUAAACUCCCUCAGGUACAGCUCAUUGCCAAGUCAAAGAAAGAAAGAGGCUAUUGAGGUUUUGCUGGUAAAAUGGGACAAGUUUGUUUUGGAAAGUUUACUUUAAAACACUUUGCAUAAAAACACGGCUUUAAAGGUAUUGUUUACAGGAGUUUUCCCCCUUUUGUUUGCCAUAUUGGUGAACAUACUGUGCUGUGAAUACUGCAAUUAAUGCUGUUACUUGUGAAGAACUGAAUGUGAAAUCUUGAACUGGCCUGUGCUGCCAUCUGGUGCAGAACCCGUGUACUGAUCGUCUGUACUUCCACCGAAACAAAAUGGAGGACUCUAGCGGUUUUGUGUGCGUUUUUGUAAAUACUAAUUGUGAUUUAUGAUCACCUUAUUAGGACACCUGAUAAACCAUACAAAUUCUGGUUUAUAAUGUCAUUUCUAUUUCAUGAAAAAAAGUUUUUAAAAGUAUAUUUUUACUGACCUAGGUAGGGUGUUUUAAAUUCUUUAAGUUCUUUAUGAAUAUGUAACUCGUUUUGUUUACAACAUGAAUGAAAUAAAGCUAGUGUGACAACUCCACAUAACAUUUGUCAUCUUUGUGACCUAUUAAAAAUUCCAAAACACUUC